AGAGGCGUGACGUCCUCAGAAGUUGAGCAAACACCUCCUACUUCCCGGCCUUCCAUCCCAAUUUCUGCUAGGAAUUCGGAGCCUACCCUGCAGCGACUCGGAAGAUCCGAGGCGGCGGGGGACAAGUCGGCGCCCCAGAGCGGACGAGUCACCAGGUGUCAAGAUGCUGCAAGUACAUAGGACUGGACUGGGCAGGCUGGGGGUCAGCCUCUCCAAGGGUCUUCACCACAAAGCUGUGUUGGCCGUCCGGAGGGAGGAUGUGAACGCCUGGGAGAGAAGGGCCCCUCUAGCUCCCAAGCACAUCAAAGGCAUCACCAAUCUGGGAUACAAGGUCUUGAUACAGCCUUCGAAUCGGCGGGCCAUUCAUGAUAAGGACUAUGUCAAAGCUGGUGGCAUUCUUCAGGAGGAUAUUUCUGAAGCUUGUCUAAUUUUAGGAGUUAAAAGACCUCCAGAGGAAAAAUUAAUGUCCAGGAAGACUUAUGCAUUUUUCUCCCACACAAUAAAAGCUCAGGAGGCCAAUAUGGGCUUGUUGGAUGAGAUUCUAAAACAGGAAAUUCGCCUUAUUGAUUAUGAGAAAAUGGUGGAUCAUAGAGGAGUACGGGUAGUGGCAUUUGGACAGUGGGCUGGUGUGGCAGGAAUGAUCAACAUUUUACAUGGAAUGGGUUUAAGGCUCCUUGCUUUGGGACAUCACACACCUUUUAUGCACAUUGGCAUGGCUCAUAACUACAGGAAUAGCAGUCAGGCUGUGCAAGCUGUUCGUGAUGCUGGCUAUGAAAUAUCUUUGGGUUUGAUGCCUAAGUCAAUAGGACCCUUAACAUUUGUGUUCACAGGAACUGGUAAUGUUUCUAAGGGAGCCCAAGCAAUCUUUAAUGAGCUACCUUGUGAAUAUGUGGAGCCCCAUGAAUUAAAAGAAGUUUCCCAAACUGGAGACCUCAGAAAAGUGUAUGGGACGGUGUUAAGUCGUCAUCAUCAUCUUGUCAGGAAAACAGAUGGUGUGUAUGAUCCUGCAGAGUAUGACAAACAUCCUGAGCGCUACAUAAGUCGUUUUAAUACUGAUAUUGCACCCUAUACAACUUGCUUAAUUAAUGGAAUCUACUGGGAACAAAACACUCCUCGCCUCCUAACCCGCCAAGAUGCUCAAAGUCUCCUGGCUCCAGGCAAGUUCUCAGCUGCUGGUGUGGAAGGCUGCCCUGCAUUACCACACAAUCUUGUUGGAGACUUCAGAAUUUCAUCCUCUCAUCUAAGUAUUGAUGUAAUUUUCAGACUCGUGGCAAUAUGUGACAUUUCAGCUGACACAGGAGGGUCUAUAGAGUUUAUGACUGAGUGUACAACAAUAGAGCGUCCCUUUUGCAUGUAUGAUGCAGACCAGCAUAUUAUUCAUGACAGUGUUGAAGGCUCGGGGAUCCUGAUGUGUUCCAUUGACAAUUUGCCGGCACAGCUCCCAAUUGAAGCUACAGAAUGCUUUGGAGACAUGCUUUACCCUUAUGUUGAAGAAAUGGUAAACAGACUGAUAUUAUCAGACGCGACACAGCCUCUUGAAAGUCAGAAUUUUUCUCCUGUGGUGAGAGAUGCAGUGAUUACAUCCAACGGUACAUUACCUGAUAAAUAUAAAUAUAUCCAGACACUCCGGGAGAGCAGGGAACGUGCUCAGUCACUUUCAAUGGGCACCAGGAGAAAGGUUUUGGUUCUUGGAUCUGGCUACGUAUCUGAGCCUGUAUUAGAAUAUUUAUCAAGAGAUGGCAAUAUAGAAAUAACAGUAGGAUCUGACAUGAAGAAUCAAAUUGAACAGUUAGGCAAGAAAUAUAAUAUUAAUCCUGUUAGCAUGGACAUUUGUAAACAAGAAGAGAAGCUGGGCUUCUUGGUGGCAAAACAGGAUCUUGUCAUCAGCUUGUUGCCUUAUGUAUUGCACCCUCUUGUGGCCAAGGCCUGCAUCACAAACAAAGUUAACAUGGUCACUGCAAGCUACAUCACACCAGCACUAAAAGAAUUGGAAAAGAGUGUGGAAGAUGCCGGCAUCACAAUCAUUGGUGAAUUGGGAUUGGACCCUGGUCUGGAUCACAUGUUAGCAAUGGAAACAAUAGAUAAAGCCAAGGAAGUGGGAGCCACGAUUGAAUCAUAUAUUUCCUACUGUGGUGGGCUUCCAGCCCCUGAACAUUCAAACAAUCCAUUGAGAUAUAAAUUUAGCUGGAGUCCAGUGGGAGUUUUGAUGAACGUAAUGCAGUCUGCCACCUAUCUGCUCGAUGGAAAGGUUGUGAAUGUUGCAGGAGGCAUCUCCUUUCUUGAUGCCGUUACGUCCAUGGAUUUUUUCCCAGGAUUAAAUUUGGAAGGCUAUCCUAACAGAGACAGUACGAAAUAUGCUGAGAUUUAUGGCAUUUCUUCUGCUCACACUUUGUUGCGGGGGACACUGAGAUAUAAGGGAUAUAUGAAAGCUUUGAAUGGAUUUGUAAAAUUAGGUCUUAUAAACAGAGAAGCGCUUCCUGCCUUUAGACCUGAGGCCAACCCUCUCACCUGGAAACAACUCCUCUGUGACCUAGUUGGGAUUUCACCCUCCUCUGAGCACAAUGUGUUGAAGGAAGCUGUUCUUAAGAGACUAGGAGGAGACAAUACCCAGUUGGAGGCUGCUGAAUGGUUGGGCUUACUUGGGGAUGAACAAGUUCCUCAGGCAGAGUCCAUUCUGGAUGCCCUCUCCAAGCAUUUGGUCAUGAAGCUUUCCUAUGGUCCUGAAGAAAAAGAUAUGAUUGUGAUGAGAGACAGCUUUGGAAUCAGACAUCCUUCUGGACAUUUAGAACAUAAAACGAUUGAUCUUGUGGCUUAUGGGAACAUCAAUGGCUUUUCAGCCAUGGCUAAAACCGUGGGGUUACCCACCGCCAUGGCAGCCAAAAUGUUGCUUGAUGGUGAAAUUGGAUCCAAAGGCCUAAUGGGGCCCUUUUCAAAGGAGAUCUAUGGACCAAUAUUGGAGCGAAUUAAAGCAGAAGGCAUUAUAUAUACUACACAGAGUACAAUUAAACCAUAAUUGGGAAUUAUAUUUUGUUUUUUUCUUCCCAGGCAAUACACCUCUGAACAUGUGUGUGAUAAAUGGGUUUGCUAAUGUGCUGUUUUAAAGUAUAAAGCAUAAUAUGUUUUGGUUAACACAAUGUACUUUUUGAACUAUAAAUCUUUAUUUUAAUAUGGAAAUGUUUGGAACAGGAGAUGCAAGCCACUAACAGAGAACUUUAAUAAUUCUACCCUGUAUUUUAUAAAUACAUAUGUGAAAGUGAUGAUCAUGCUAUUUGUUAAUUUAUUGUGCCACUUUUUUCUUUUGUUUUUUUUUUGUUGUUUUUUUUGAGACGGAGUCUCGCUCUGUCGCCCAGGCUGGAGUGCAGUGGCAAGAUCUCGGCUCACUGCAAGCUCUGCCUCCCGGGUUCACGCCAUUCUCCUGCCUCAGCCUCCCAAGUAGCUGGGACUACAGGCACCCGCCACCACGCCCGGCUAAUUUUUUUAUAUUUUUCAGUAGAGACGGGGUUUCACCAUGUUAGCCAGGAUGUCCACUUUUUUCUUAAAUGAACAUAUUGUCUUAUAACCAGCAGAUGAAGUUUUACUUUUUUAGUCAGAAAAAAUUUCCUCAUAAAGCUAUAUUUUUAUAUUUUUAAAAUUGAUACAGUUAGAUACCUUCAGAUUACCUAAGUUAAGUUUUUGCCAAAAUGCUAUUUUAUGCCCUUUUUGUAAAGUUAUGAUUUAUUUUGUAAAUGUAGUUCGUUAUAGUUUUCUCUUGAGUGUUUGGAAAUGAGAAUAGAUAAGAUUAAAUUACAAUUUACAAGAUCACUUCAUUAGGCAUAGGAAAAGUAUUUAACAAAAUUCAACACCCUUUCACAAUAAAAAAUAAAAAACCCUCAAUAAACUAGGAAUAGAAGGAAACUUCCUCAACCUGAUAAAGGGCAUCUAUGAAGAACCCACGGUUAGCAUCAUACUUAAUGGUGAAAGACUGGAUUAUUUCCCCCUGAGAUCAGAAACAAGACAAGGAUGUCUGCUUUGGCCAUUUCUAUUCAACUUGUACUGGACAGUCAAGAAAGGGCAAUUAGGCAAGAAAAUAAAAUAAAAGUCAUCUAGGUUGGAAAGGAAGAAGUAUAACUAAAUAGAGAUGGGAGACAAUAUGGUGGUUUUGUGCAUAGUAAUCCAAGGGAAAACUAUAGAAAAUCCAAAGACAUGAUCUACUAAUGAAUAAAUUCAGCAAAGUUACAGGAUACAGGAUUAAAUAUGCAGAAAUUGGUUAUCUUUCAAUAUAGUAUCAAUGAAUAAAUCAAAAAUGGUAUUAAGAAAACAAUUUAAUUUUCAACAAUGGUCAAGCUUGGUGGCUCGUGCCUAUAAUCCCAACACUUUGGGAGUCUGAGGCAGAAAGACUGCUAGAGGCCAGGAGACCAGCCUGGGAAACAGUGAGAUCCCAUCUCUACAAAAACAAACAAACAAACAAAAAACAACAAGCAAACAAAAAACAGCUGGAUGUGAUGACACGCAUCUGUGGUCUCAGCUACUCAGAGGCUGAGGUGUAAGGAUGGCUUGAGCCCCAAAGUUCGAAGCUGCAAUAAGCUAUAACUGGGUCACUGCAAUCCAGCCUCGAUGACAGAGUUAGACCCUGACUCAAAAAAAAAAAAAAAAAAAAACAA